AUGGCUGUCUCCAAACAGUUACUUGCCCACUGGAUAGUGGAGGCUAUAGUCUUGGCAUACCAGGCCCAGGGCUUACCGUGCUCCCUUGAUGUGGCCAGUAACACCGGACCUUCUAGGUGUCAAUCACGCUUGCUGCGCCAUUCCCCUCUAUGGACCGGAUACGUGUGCUUUUACUGCUUCUCAGUUCAGUUCCCCUGGCGAACCCUGUUGAAGUUCCUCCCGCACCCUCAGCAGUCAGGCGUAGCGGAGCGCCAGAUGUCAGGCCCAGCACUCGUGUGUAUGCCCAAGCUUGGCUUAUUGAAUAUUAGAUCCCUUUCUUCAAAAGCACUUUUUGUAAAUGAUAUGUUCACUGACCAUAAACUAGAUGUGCUUUGUCUGACAGAAACCUGGCUAAAACAAGAUGAUUACAUUACUUUAAACGAGUCUACAUCACAAGAUUACUGUUACGAACAUGAACCACGUCCAAAAGGUAAAGGGGGAGGUGUUGCUACAAUUUAUAGCAAUAUUUUCAGUAUCUCUCAGAGGUCGGGUUUCAAGUAUAAUUUGUUCGAAGUAAUGGUGCUUCAUAUAACGUUAUCCAAAGAAACAAGUAUUAAUGAUAAAUCCCCUGUGAUGUUUGUACUGGCUACUGUAUACAGGCCACCAGGGCACCAUACAGACUUUAUUAAAGAAUUUUCUGAUCUUCUAUCGGAGUUAGUGCUGACUGCAGAUAAAGUCCUAAUCGUUGGUGAUUUUAAUAUCCAUGUUGAUAAUGAAAAAGAUUCGUUGGGAUCAGCAUUUAUAGACAUUCUAAACUCUAUUGGAGUUAAACAACAUGUGUCAGGACCUACUCAUUGUCGAAAUCAUACUCUAGAUUUAAUACUGUCACAUGGAAUUGAUGUCAGUGGCAUUGAAAUUUGGCAGCAGAGCGAUGAUAUCUCAGAUCAUUAUCUAGUCUCCUGUAUAUUCCAUAUAGCUAAAGCUGUAAAGCCAACUCCUUGUUACAAAUAUGGUAGAACCAUUACCUCUACCACAAAAGACUGCUUUAUAAAUAAUCUUCCUGACUUAUCUCAGUUCCUCAGCAUAUCCAAUAGCUCAGAACAACUUGAUGAUGUAACAGGAACUAUGGACUCUCUCUUUUCUAGCACUUUAGAUGCGGUUGCUCCUUUACGCUUAAGGAAGAUUAAGGAUAAGAGUCCAACACCGUGGUAUAAUGAGCACACUCACGCCCUAAAGAGAGCAGCCCGGAAAAUGGAGCACAGCUGGAGGAAAAUUAAAUUAGAGGUAUUUCGUUUAGCUUGGCGGGAAAGUACCCUAUCCUAAAGAAAAACAUUAAAAAAUGCUAGAUCUGAUUACUUUUC